AUGCGCGUGUUCUUGGAGCACUUUGGAGCACCCCCUAGUCGCUCUCAGGCUUUCCGUGGAUUGGCUCUAGCCGAUGUCAGCGUGAAUGCUUCCGCACAAGUGGGGCUUCGAAACACUCCUAUUUUAUAUUCCGCCAGUCACGGAAUUAAGGAUGUGGGGAAGGUGCUUGCCGCUCCCAUCAAAUAUACCAACUCAGGCCUUCUCUGGCUGUUUGAGGCCGCUCAUGCCUAUCAAUCACGGCAUGCCUGCCUGACAGACGGCGUUGACGCUCAUCGCUGCCCAUUCCCGGAGACGUCGGCGCUAACCAUGUUUACCGAGGCGGUCGGCGCAUCCCCAGCGGGCAAAGGAAUGGGAUCAUGGGUGAUCGAAACUUAUCUCGGUGUCAAUCAGUCCAUCAACGAUCUUCAUAUCAACGUUAUUGCGAUCAUUCAAGGCAGGCCGUGGCGUAUGAUCUUGCUCGUUUCCUAG